AGAUCCGCUUCUUUGUCGCUGUCUCGCCGCGCCUUUCUUCCAUCGUCCUAUUUUUAUAUUCGGCCCAUGGCCACCGUCGAUGCGCGCGUGCCUCGGCAGUUCCCGACGGCGCCGAGCGGCAGCAGCGGCAGCAAUGGGCGCGCUACACCAACGAUAGCAGAGCGCGCAGAUGCGCUGGCCGUGUACGAGGACGCGGUGCAGGAGCCGGCGCUCGAGUGCGGCAACCUGGCCUCGCUCUACUACAACGCCCAGGACCUCGGAAGCCGGCGGCCCGAGGCGCGCGUGCUGCGCGAGGACUUUUGCUCGUCGGCCAUUGUGGCACAGACGUGGGUGGGCCUCGACGAGGGCCACCAGCGCGCCCAGGGCGUCGAUGUUGACCUGAGGGCGCUCGAGGUGGCUCGCAGGCGGGCGACGAGGCCGGGUCGGGAGAAUGGUCAGGCACCCCGCGUGAUCCUCUUGCAGAGCGGGCAGUACGGUGAGGGGCACGAGGCGAGGAUCGUCGAAGCAGAGGUGCAGCACGAGGCGGAACUGAAGAGGGAGGGGAAGAAACAAGAGGAGGAGCAAGGGCAAGAGCAAGAGCAAGAGGAGGAGCGGCAGCAAAAGGAGAGCAAGACGACUUGGAGCGUCGGUGCGACGACGGACCGAUUUGAGCGCCGCUUCCAGGCCCGUCUGCGGCGGCAGCAGGAGCAGACAGCAAAGGAGAAGGCGCGCGAGUCCCUGACAAACGCCGAAGAGGACGACCUGUCAGCGACACCCGCACUGACACUGAUGCACGCCGACGUGCUCUCGCUGCCGUUGCCGCUGCCGCCGCAUGUCACACCCGUGGCUGCACCGGACAUUGUCUACGCGGGCAACUACGCCCUCUCCUACUUCCACACGCGGCCCCUCCUGAUCGCCUACCUCGCCCAGGUCGCACGCACGCUCCGACGGGGCACCGGCUGCCUCAUCGUCGACCCCUUUGCCGGGCCCACGUCGUGGUCCUCGAGCGCGGCCGAGCAGGCGGCCCUCUGGUCCGCCUUUUCCGCCGAGCCGGGCUUCCUGCGCGGGCCAGGCGACCCGCCGGUGCCUGUGUCCGACGACGCCGCGCUCCAAUUCUGGUCCGCCCCGCCCUCGCAGGCCGAGGGCGGCGCGGCAGACUGGCGGCGAUGGCCGCGCGGCAACCUCGUCAAGGUGCGCCAGGGCGCCCUCUUUGGCGGCUACGACUACUACCGCGAAGACUCGCCGCUGGACCACGCAUCGAACCGCUUCAGAAUGAGCCUCAGCUUCCGAUUCAGGGGCGACGGCAGCUGGCUGCGCGACUACUUCAGCUACGACUUUCGCGCGUGGAGCAUCAUGGAGAUCAAAGAGGCCAUGCACGAGGUCGGCCUUCGCCACGUCGAGGUGCAUGCAAUCGAGCGCGCCGACGAGAGCGCCGACGAUGACCACGACGACGACACCGACGCCGUGCCGCGCUCGCCCACCGACGACGACGACGACGACGACGACGGUAUCGAAGGCGACUUUGCGCUGCUGGGGAGGACGGAGCGGAGCGAGGCGGGCAAAAAGUCAUUCAGGCACCUCAAGCCCGACGACUCGGAGAAGCUGUUUGCGACCAGGAGCUUUGGCACAUACAUUGUGGCGAGAGCGCCAGAAUGAUAAAGAUACAUAGACGUAUAAUCAUUGCACUGAG